AUGCCUAGUCGUAAAUUUCCUUUUGGUGGAGGACUUCCGGAAAAAACACCGGAUAUUUCGAAAAUCAAAGUCAAGUCAGAAGUCAUUGACGACUUCAAUGAGGCUGAUGAAGAAGACACCACCGCAGUAGUCAAUCUGCAACCACAGGUGUCACUCAAGGAGGUUGUGCAGGCUGUCCCCGAAAAAGCCUCACCAAUCAAAGUUGAAAAAGCUAAAAAGCGGAAAGCCAAGGCUCAAGUGGAUGUUGUGGAAGCCAAGGUGCUUGUUCCCGAAAUCAAGGCUGCUAAAGCAGGAGCCCCUAAGAAACCCAAAUGGAAAGGGUGGGUGAUUGUUGAGGAAGAGACUGUCAAGGAGGAUCCUGUUGAGGUGGAGGUUGAGGAGGAUGCGGUCCAAGAGGCUGAUGUGGAGGUAGUAUCAGGGGUAAACACCAGAUUGAAGCGUCAACGACGCAAGUGA